AUGUCGAUUGCCUGCAGCUCGUGCAAAUUUUGGGCGUCUGACCGUCAGAUCAUCACCCCGCCAGAAGAAGCUCUAAAGAUCCUUCCUCAUCCCUCGUCACACAGAUUUUUAAACAUUGCUAUACGAACAAGUCACUCGGAUGACUCAAAGACUACCACCUCCAAUCCCCAGUCAUAUAUUUCCAGGCUUUCGCCUAAGUACUGGAUUAUUGACCCCCGAAGCCUUUCGCUACAUCCUACUACGCGCGAGCCUCCUCACGAUUCCUCUCCAAUGAAGACCUUUAUACAAUUCAUCACUACCCCUGCAGCCGAUACCCCUGGGACCGCCAUACUUUUUCAUUUCGAUGAUAAAAGGUAUAUUUUCGGGAAUCUAGCGGAAGGUACUCAAAGGGCUUGUGUUGAGCGUGGUAUCAAACUGUCGCGCGUCACCGAUAUUUUUUUUACCGGAAAAACAACAUGGUCGACGCACGGUGGCCUCAUGGGCAUGCUGCUAACGGUGUCUGAUACUCUGUCGAACUCCUUGUCAACGCCUCUUGAAGCGAUAGAUGCAAAAAUUGCUGAAUUAGAAACACAGAGAAAGGCAGCCACUGACCCAGUAUCUCGAAGAAGAGCAGAGAUUGGCCUUCAGAAGCGCCGGGAUGAAAGACUGAAGUAUGAAACCCAAAACCGGACUCACAUAUCACUAUAUGGCGGACCGAACUUGGCCCACACUAUUGCAACUGGGAGAAGGUAUAUCUGCCGACAAGGUGUGCCUAUCUGUAUUCAAGAAUUUGAUGAAGAUGCCGCCGUUAAGCAGAGAUCUGAUAGUGCCACUGCCCGAUGGUCUGACACUCCUGCUGUAUCCGAUGAUCAUCUUAAAAUAUGGGCGCUCCCUAUUCUGCCGUCAACCAGAUCUCAGAGUCCGCCAAGGAAGAGAAGCCUAGACGAAUUUGAGGAGCGCAGUUCUUCUAUGCUGCCUUCUCAGUCACGCAAUCUGGAAGAUCAAAUUGCUCGUCAGGCAGUUGUUUCACAGAUGUUCAAUUCCGACUGGCGCAUGGAUACUCUCGUAGAAAUGCCCCUAGCUGAAGUUUCCCUCCCAGCAACACUUUUUGUGCGACAUUCCGAAACACAAGAAAUCAAGCCAUAUGUUGGACCUAAGCCAGGCGAUAAUGAACCGUUACCUGAUAUACGGGUUCUCGUCCGUAAACCCUGGCCGGGGGCGCUGGUUGAGUCUUUGCCUCCAACUUCGCCUUCUGAGUGCUCCAUGUCGUAUAUCAUCCGCAAUCAUGACAUUAGAGGCAAAUUUGAUGCAAAGAAAGCAGCAGAACUAGGUGUUCGGCGGGGCCCUGAUUACAGAAGACUAACUGAAAACCAAAGCGUGCAGUCAAUCGACGGGCGGACUAUCACGCCAGAUAUGGUUUUGGGAGAGACUCGAGUAGGGAAGGGUGUUGCGAUAGUCGAGCUUCCAGGAAUUGAAUAUGUCAAAAAUUUCAUUGAAAGACCAGAAUGGAAGUCGACUGAGGUGAUGAAAGGCAUCACUGUAUUUAUUUGGAUCCUUGGAAAAGAUGUCGGCUCCCAUCCACAAAUCCAGGAGUUUAUUUCUAAUAUGGCACAAGCGAAGCAUAUUUUUUCUUCGCCGGAUUAUUGUCCGGAUCACCUUGCAUUUAGAGCUGUCGCACGAUCCACAAUCGAGUUUUCUGAAAUUGACGGUGAUCGAUACAGUCCUCCAAAGUUCACUCCUUGCCAUGCGUUGAAAACUCUGCUGCCCAAUACCAGGGCUGCUGAACCUGGAAUGGUCAUUGAUCUGGAACCUACUUUCAACAUCAACAGCUCUCAGACAGAACGUGAAGUUGAUGUAGAACGCAUAAAGGAAAGUGUUAGUUCUAUAGCAUCUGGGCAUGCGAAUAUGGUUCGAGAAACAUUUUCCAACCCUACAUUCCUACAGAAAAUGAAAAAUGUGAGACAGAAAAUUCCCGAUAGUGAUGCGGAGAUUAUCACAUUAGGGACAGGUUCUUCCCUUCCCUCUAUGUAUCGAAACGUUUCAGCAACAUUGUUGCGCAUCCCCGGCCAUGGCUCCUAUCUAUUUGAUUGUGGGGAGGGGACACUAGGGCAAUUAAAACGAGCUCUAAGCCCCGAAGAACUAAAGAGUGUUUUGCAAGAGCUGAAGGUAAUAUGGAUCAGUCACCUGCACGCCGAUCACCACUUGGGAACUGCAUCAGUUAUUAAAGCGUGGUAUGAAGAAGUCUUUGGGGCUUUGCCCCAGAAACAGGCAAACUUUGAAACAGAUCUUGGAAAAUUUCUAAGAGAGAAAAGACUGUGCAUUGUUUCGGAUAUACCGAUGCUCGAUUGGCUUGCGGAAUAUUCGCAGGUUGAAAAUUAUGGCUAUGACAAGAUCCUUCCUCUAGCGCCGACUUCAUAUGAAAAUUCCAACCGCCGCAUCUCCAGUGUCCUCACCCUUCAUCGUCGAGACAAGAACGGUCUCGUUAUUCAAGCCACUGGCGAACAGCGCGGCGAAUGGUUCAACUUUGACUCUCCCAGAAGCGAUUUUAAAUCGCUCUUUCAAUCUGCCACUGGCUUGACUUCGAUUUUCACUGUGCCGGUUUCACACUGCCAGGGCGCCAAAGCUGUUUCUUUCACAUUUCCUUCCGGCCUAAAGAUCUCUUAUUCCGGUGACUGCCGUCCAUCUGAACCUUUUACUCGGAUCGGGCGCGAUUCCACGGUUCUUUUACACGAGGCAACGUUCGAGGACGACAUGGUGACGGAUGCUUUGGCAAAGAGGCACUCCACCCUCAGCGAAGCACUCAUGGUGGGGAAAGAGAUGCGGGCUAAAAUAAUCGUUCUAACGCACUUCAGUCAACGUUACCGCGAGAUGCCAAAGAUAGAAAAGGAUAAGACGACGGGGUUUGUACCCAGCUUUAGCCUCAAGAAAGGUUUUACACUGCCCACCGCGGUCCGUGAUAUCCCUGCAACACAAGAUAUCCAUGACGACGCCGACACCCUUGUUCCGGCUAAUGCGACGGCUAUGGACGUUGUAAACGAGCCUAAGGUACUAGAAGACGUCCCGGUUGUCCUUGCAUUUGACUAUAUGCGCCUCCGCCUUGGAGACGCGCUGCAUGCUGAGGCGUAUAUGCCCGCACUGAAAGAGCACCUGUCGGCUUCGGAAGUCGAGUUCUAG